AUGGCUGAUUGCAAAAUUGCUGAAACGCCUAUGAGUGCUAUUGAAACACUCAAGGUCGAAGAUGGUGGAUUAUCCGCGGAUGCAACCAGAUAUAGGAGGGUAAUCGGGAAGCUUCAGUAUUUGUCCUUCACUCGUCCAGACAUUUGUUUCUCAGUAAACAAGUUGUCACAAUUUAUGCAAACUCCCUCAGAGACUCACUGGAAAGUUGUCAAAUGGGAACUACGGUAUCUUCAAGGGACUGUUCAUUUUGGUUUGCGUUUGAUGAGCCGUAAUUCCCUCUCUUUACAUGUGUACUCUGAUGCGGAUUGGGCUGGAGACGCUAGUGAUCGCGCUUCCACUACUAGUUAUCUUUUGUUUUUGGGCAAAAAUCCUAUGACUUGGUCCUCCAAGAACCAAAGAACGAUUGCUCAUUCUUCCACUGAAGCUGAAUAUCGGGAAGUUGCAAGUUCCUUUGCGGAAACAAACUGGGUCACCAACCUUCUGGCUGAGCCGCAACUUAAACUUCACAGUGUCCCAACUAUCUACCGUUACAAUGUUGGUGCUACGUAG